GUCGUCGACCAGUUCAUCGCCUGUACUUCCAGGCUUCCAGCUCUCUCUCGUCAGCCUCCAGUGGUAUAUCCGGCCUCUCAUCCGAUCCCUUUGCUCGCCCCUUCCGGCGGCCUGCUAGCUGUUUCUCUCAUUGAUCCUCCAUCAGAUCAGUGAGCGUAGGCUUGUAGAACCGGCAAGUUCCUGGAUCGAUCAUCUCUCUCUCUCCACCCUCCUGAUACGUACGUGUCAGCAUUCCUAGCCAUCGUACAUGGUGACGACGAGGGCUCUUGUUCCUGUGGCGGCGAUGGCGGCGGCGCUUGUGGUGGCCGCCGUGAUGGAGGCGGCCGCGGCGGCGACGUACACGGUGGGCGCGCCGGACGGGCUUUGGGACAUGCAGACCGACUACGCCCAGUGGGUCAAGACCAAGACCUUCCACCCCGGCGACAAGAUCACGUUCACGUACUCGCCGGAGUUGCACGACGUGGUGGAGGUGACCGAGGCGGGGUACGGCGCCUGCUCCAGCGCCAACAACAUCUCCGCCUUCCGCACCGGCAACGACGUCGUGGCCCUCGCCGCCGUCGGCACGCGCUACUUCCUCUGCGGCCUCACGGGCCACUGUGACAGCGGCAUGAAGAUCCGCGUCGACGUCGUCCCCGCCGGCUCCUCUCCAGGCCCCGACGCGGCGGGGCCGGCGUCCUCUGCCGCACCGCCCUCGGCCAGCUGGGCGGCGGGUUCCGCCGGGAUCGCCGCCGCCGCGUUGCUGCUGCAGCGCGCUGUCGUCGUGCGGCCGUUUUGGUAGCUACGAGUAGUUUGUUGGUAGCUACGAGUAGCAUCGUCUUAAUCUCGUACUACCACCACCACUACUUUGUUGUUGUGUAGUGUGUACUGUAGUUUUGUUUCAGCUGCUACGUGUCUGUACACUUUGUUAUUACUGUUUCAAUAUAAUAUCUUGGCGAUUAUAUUAUGGGUAA